AUGCUCAAUUCGCCGUCAGCGGAUGAACUUGUCGGGGCGUGGCUGAUUGUCGACGUUGCAGAGGGUGAUGUUAUAGGCGCCGGUGUCUCGGGUGGUGUAGGAAGUUGGGCGAGGGCGUCCAGGAUAAGCACCUCCACAAGAGCCGCACAAGGGCUCGGAGGUGAUAGUGGCUGCUGGAGAACAAGGCCGGAGAAAAUUGCAGUAUCGUCGGCCCCACGCGGAUCGCAGGCUACUGUUGUUACCCGGCGGUGGAAUCACACUCAGUCCAAGGAGGUCGUUCAGGUUCCUGGUGCUAGCGGAGACGGCAGGGGCCCAGGCCGGACGUGGCAGCAGAUGUGA